AUGGGAGAUUCGUAUCGUCCUCGUCGUGGUCCUGGCCCAGAUCCUCGCGCCGACCGCGAUUCAUAUUAUCCUACCCGUCACAACCACCAUUCACGACCACCAUGGCCUCCGGCUGAUGCAAACCGUGAAAUGUACUAUUUCCAAGGCAAUCGCAAUAACGACGAUCGAAGUGACAACUCAUACCGGCCGAAAUCUAGAGAUUUUAGUGCGCGAAACGAAACCCCAAGAAGAGAUCACUUCCGCAGACUCCCCCCGGUGAACAAAAUCGCCGAACGCCCGCUGCUUAAACUAAAGCACGACGAAGAUGAAAAUCUAGCACUCAUGGGUCCCAAUGUGGAAUCCAAGUUCCGUAACUUAGAUGAACUUACGGACAGUGAGGAGGAAGCAAUGGCGCAGUCUGAAGACGACCUUGAGGGAUCAGAAAGGACAGCCAAACGUCUCCGAGCUGACUCAAGCGCUGCGUCUACUGCCCACCUGCCAAAAUGGUCAAACCCAGAUCCGUACACGUCCCUUCCUCCGCCGGCAGAUCAGACCACCAAGCGAACCGACGUUCUCAAGCUUAUACGGAAGGCUCGGAUUGGCGCCGCUCGCAACUCCCAAAAGGCCGCGAAUGAAGACGACUUCAUCUCUUUCGAUGUUGGUGAAGGUGAUAAAGAAGAAGACUCUACACACUCAGAACCAGUCAUGGCUCCGCGGGCACUGACGGAAGACAAGGUCCUCGGAAAGAGAAAAAGAGGGGAUACACAUGGACAACCUGAGGCGGCGCGGUCUAAAAAUGAAAUCUAUGCAGAUAAAAUGGUGCGGAAAGAGUGGGCGGUGGCUCAAGGCAUCCAUUCAACCCCGUGGUUGACGACGCUCAACUCCACUGACAGUCCAGGAAUCGCUCUACACAAGGAGAUAAUCGAUUUCUACGAUUGGGUGAGGCCGAAGGAUUACGAGCAGAAGGUCCGCGCCGAUGUUUUGGAACGUCUAAGCCGUGAUCUUCGACGACUCAUGCCCGGGGAGCUGAAACCUUUCGGAUCUUAUGCCGUUGGACUUUAUCUGCCGACGGGCGACAUGGACCUCGUGUUCUUCACUCGCGAUUACCGACCUGGCGUUCUACCGACAAAGUCGGACGUGCGAAGACCCUUGCAGAUCUUUACCAAGUUUCUGAGACAACGAAAUAUUGCAAAGCCCGGAUCAAUUGUUGCUAUCGCCAGAGCAAAAGUUCCAAUCAUCAAGUUUGUGGAUAGAGUUAGUGGACUCAAGGUCGACCUUUGUUUUGACAACGAUUCUGGUGUUGCCACCAUCGACACCGUUCAAACGUGGAAGAAAGCUUAUCCCGUCAUGCCGAUUAUUGUCUCCAUUGUGAAACAAUAUCUCAUGAUUCGGGGACUCAAUGAUGUCUCUAGGGGCGGCCUGGGUGGCUUUUCUACGAUAUGUUUGGUCACCAGUUUUCUGCAACAUCUGCCUGCUCCGAAACACCCAAUGAAUUUGGGUCAAGUCCUGGUGGAAUUCUUCAACUACUACGGCAAUCUCUUUGACAAGAACUCUGUGGCCAUUCGACUUGACCCUCCUACAUACUUGGACAAGGGAUUCUUUGCACCCCGCUCCAGAGAUCAAACCGGACGCCUGACCAUUAUUGAUCCAAAUCGUGCAGACAACAACAUCUCUGGAGGUACGGCUUUGAUCAAUGACAUCAUCAAAUGUUUCUCCAAGUCGCACCGUGCCCUUUUAGAGCGACUUGCCGCUUACGAGAAGCGAGGAUCACAAGAUCCGCCCACAAGUUUUUUAGAAUGUCUCAUCGGUGGCAAUUACACCCCGUAUGAGACCCAGAGAAAGAUGUUGCAUGAUCUUUCUCCCACGUCGAAAAUCCAACCAACUCCGUCAACCAACCGUGGGCCUAUUUUUGGGAUGGAACAAGGAUCCAAGACGAACGCGCCUAAUGGAGAUCCCUCGUCUCUCGAAAGCAAACCACUCACGAAAGGCGAGAAAAGAGCGCAUCGUCUCAAGGCGCUACGGCCUGAAUUAGCGCCGUCAAUUCGAAAUUCCAUCAGCCUGGCAGAUGCCUUGAAACUAGGGGGUUACGACUCAGCUGAAGUGAUGGAUAAGGACCUUCGAAUAAGAGAAGUUGCCUUGCAAAAGGUUGCUGCAGCUAAAAGAAAAUGA